GUUUGUGCGCCGUGAGGCGACCAGAUAGUGCAUGAAAUGUAUUGGAACGCAGCCCUCACCCCGUUGCUAGGAGGCGCUGUUGUAGCCCGGAAGAAGGCACGUCGACGGCGGUGAUGGGCAAGACAGAACUACAAGAACACGCGCCUGGUUUUUAAUGACUGGCGUUGCUUUAACUUAACACAACCCGAAAGCGAAUCGUAGCUGGAAGCAAGGGAGGAGAGAAAAGGAAGGAGACACGUCGUGGUUUCGUCGUGGAGUGGCGACAACGUGGAUGGAAAGCUAUGAGGAAUUCUGCCUCCAAAGCGUGGCCACGCUGCAGGAGGAGGGGAAAUUUAAAGCAGCGACAUGCGAGCCGAUGGUCACGUACUCAUCUGUCAUCGUCUUCUGUGGGAAAGCUGCCUUGUCCCCUCUGUUAGAUGCAGAGCAGCGUCAACAUAUGCGCCACCUCAAACGCGGGGCGGUUCAGCUGGAAAGGCAGCAGAGGAGCAAGCCCUCGGCCCAAGUUUCAGACAAAGCGAGGCAUCAAGUGCCAAGGGGCGAGGCUGAAAAGUCAGAUAUUCCCAACGAAACAACACUCAACAGUUACAUGCUGAUCACCGACUCGCCCGGCCUUCCCUUAGAGCACAGAGUUAACCUUCAGACUGUCAGUCGGCCAACGCCUCUGCUCAACGGCCUCCUUGCAGAGAAGGAGAAGAGCGAUGAGGAAGAUAUGAGUACGGACAGCCUUCUCAAGCAAACACAAGAGCAUGUGAAGAGGGAGCUGAGCAGGGAAUGGUCAAAAGGUGUUGUCCCAACACCUUCGCCCGAGCCUGUCUCGGAAGGAGAAAUGUUUAGUCCAAACAGAGGCACUGAAUUGGGUCGCGGGCCCGUUGGCACUCCUGAGAUCCACCAAAAUGUGUCUGGUCCCAAGCCUCAAGAGCCCGCAUCGACGACUGGUCCGGCCGGUCAGUGCCUUUGGCGGCCGAGCCCAGAGUCCGGCCUCGGCCCCUGUAAGAUGCGCCCAUUCUCCACUGGGAGCAUCCGCGUCGUCUUUCCGGCAAUGCCGGGAGAAGGCGCCGCUCUGUCGGAGAGGCGCGAAGUUCCACCUGGAGCCUCAUGGUCCCCGGAUCGCUGGAGCUCAGCAUCAAGUGGCGACGCGGACCGCCGAAACACGCGGGGUAGUCAUCGAUCGGGUUGUCAUUGCGCCGUCAGUCCGAUGUGGGAAACCUGUGGGCCCGGCCCAAUCGGCCUGUUGUCAACGUCGCGCUGGGUCUGCCAAACCGUGAACACUCACCUACGCUCUGACCCGGCUGGAUUGGACCACAUUGAUCGCAGUCAGGAAAGAACAGCUCGCUUCAUGGCGGGAGUCACCGUGCGCCCCUCAAGUUGGCACAACUCCAACAGGUCAUUCCAGGGAGAGAAUCUCUCUCCGCAUCGGCCGAUGCCUCGCGUUUCCCUCGCAGUUAAGCUCGGUGAGGAGCCUGAUGACCCUCGAGGUCCCUGCGAUAAAACUGGGACAGCUUUCCUCAGACAGGCAGGUGACGCACAUGCCACAAACACAGAGGAAGCCCGGAGGCGAGCACGGGUUCUGGAGGAAAUGCAAAGACAUCUGGAGGAGAAUCACGCUUCACAAAAGUCGCUGCUCUUGGCCCAACAGGAGAAGGAGCAACAGUGCCUGCGGCGGGAGUUUGAAGAGGCCGAAAGGAGACUGAGCCAGCAGGCCCGUGCUAAGCUCCAGACCCCUGCCAAUGACGGAGCUAUGAACCCAACCGCUGCUACGCCGGGUCGCUGUCAAGGUUUCCCAAGUCCCGUGACAAAUGAGACCUUUCCCUCUCCGCAGUCUCCCAUCUACCUACGAGGGCCCUUGUGGUCAGCUCACAAACCUCAAGCGAGGCCAAGUCAGAUUUUGGAAGCGGAACAGAGGAGAGUGUUGUUUCGAAUCGGCGCCGUCGCCCGCGGCUUUCUCGUGCGCAGACUUCUCAAAACGCACAAGAUCCAACAUCUGUGUCAAACCGUCACGGACACACGGGACUUCAUAAGGUCCUUUCAGACUGCAGGUCCACAGAAGAGAAGCCCUUUCUCAGCUCAGGAUCUCUCCCUGCAGGACAGAGUUCGAGCCCAGUUACGUGCAGCCCUCUAUGACAUCCAUGAGAUCUUCUUUGAAAUGCCUCCAGCGGAUCGAUGGGCACUGCUGCAGCAGGACCGGGAGCUAUGUGCUGAGAAGAAGCAAAGAGACACGGAAAAAGCCAAGAAGGAAAGGGAGAGAGCUGCACUGUCUGCCGCCACACAAAGAUCUCUGGACCGGAAAAAAAGGGAGGGCCAGACCGCCAAGGUGAUGCAGAAGCCAAAGAGUCCCACUCCCGUCGGGUCCUGCAAGUGUGUGCGCUCACAACACAGGCAUUGGUCUUCAGUCUUUGAGCUUAACGCUGCCUUUUCACUCUUGUCUUUUGUCCUUCCCGCUUCUGCUCUUCACCUGUGCUCAUUUCUUCUUGUGCUAGAGUUCAAAAGCCCAGUCAAGUCCAAAAAGGUGUCCUGAGUCAGCUCAAGCGCCAGGGGAGCUGGUACACAAAGACCCCCGAAGCGAGAGUGCAGCGCUUGGACAACCUGAAGAAGCAGCAGUCUCUCGGCUAAGAGGCGACAUCGUUCUGAAAUAGAUCAACCAAACAUCAGGUUUGGCACCGAUGUUGCCCUUGACAACCGUGUUGUGGCAAUUCCCUGCCACCUUGACUUGAAAUUUUCAUUUGUUCCGUAGCGCAAAGGUCAACGCUAGCUUUGCUCGCCCGUCUUCGUUGAUGUUGUGUGAAUUUCUGCCUUUUCUGUUUGGUUUGAAGGUAACAGUCGACUUGUGCUGGCAAUAAACAUCAUUUGAAGCGAGCAUGAUCUGCUGAAAUCUUGUCGGACAAAAUGCCUCCGCGUCACGGUGUCGGCGUCCAAUACAACUUGUUUCGACCCAUGCUGUUAAGAAGAAGAAGAAUGUUUGAAAGACUUUGAAUAUUUUUUUUGUUUCCCUUGAAAUUCUGUCGGAUUAGCCUAUUAUGGUUGCGUGCAUUUGGUCUUCAAUCCGAAUCGCAACGUAUGUAUUUGUUUACAUGCCGGCACAACUUCACUUUCCUCCAUCUCCCAUAUGAGGGCUGGUGCUAUGGCUAGUGUCUAAAAAGACGAGGAAAUUUGCUCCCCUUUAGGCUUCAAGUCAUUCGUUUGGAAGCACUUUGGAUUCCAAAGAAAAGAUGGCUCAACGGACAAGACACGUGCAGUUUGUAAAUCCUGCCAUGCUGUGAUCAAAUAUUCAGGGACCACAAUUCUCGCCGCACAUUUAAAGAAAACCCACGACAUCAAAGUCCAGUGUUAAAAUAAGCACUUUGUAUACUACAAUACUCUUGUAAUUUCUUAAAUAAAGAGUUUGUAGUACCUUGUUGAUUUUGCGUAUGAAUUGUUAUAAAUCAGGAUAUUGUUCUAUAUUUUUUAUUUAAAAAAAUGUAUAUAUAUCGAUCGUAGAGCACUAUAUCGUGAUAUAUCGUGAAUGAAUCGCAGCAGGCUUUAAGAUAUCGGCAAAUAUCGUAUCGUAGUUCUUUGUAUCGAUAUGAUAU